UGCGAAAUUCCAAAAAAAUAAAAGUAAAAGGAAAGGCAUAAGAGAGCCCAUGUAUAUUGAUUCGUACAGAACUAUUUUGGAAGUAGCUAUCUAGUUAUCGGAAAGCAUGGUGUCCUCCAUUUCCAUAGUCAGUUUUGCUGCUGCAGUAGCAAUAGUAGCCUCCUGGGCUUCCCAGCUUGUUUUGGGCUCUGUUGAAAAAGAAACAAAGGCUUUGCUUGAAUCUGGGUGGUGGAGUCAUGAAUAUCUCAACUCCACCACCACAACCCCUUGCAACUUGAUUGCUAUUACUUGCAAUGCCGCCGGAAGCGUUACUCAUAUUUCUAUGAAUGGCUACAAUCUAUACCAAACAAAGCUUGGGAGAUUUCUGAAUGGCUCUUCAUUUCCGAAUUUAGUCAGUUUGAAUGUUGAUGGAGCUGGACUCAUUGGGAGCAUCCCACCAGAGAUAGCUACUCUUUCAAAGCUAACCUACCUCGAUCUCUCUGGUAAUUAUUUGACAGGUUCAAUUCCUCCUGAAAUAAGGGAACUGGGCAAUCUUACUCAUCUAGACCUUAGUGAUAAUGAGCUCCAUGGACCACUCCCACAGGCACUGGGCCAUCUAUCUAAGUUGAAAAAUCUGCAUCUUAUGUCAAACGGAAUUAAUGGAUCCAUCCCCCCAGAAAUUGGAAAUCUAAAAAAUCUGGAGAUUUUGGAACUCCAGAAUAACCACUUAACAGGUGCAUUACCUUCUGCUCUAUGUGAUUUAACCAACUUACGAAAUUUGAGCCUUGGUUGGAAUCAGCUUGGCGGUUCCAUGCCUUCCAGAAUAGGGGAUUUGAAGAGUUUGAGAAGCUUGCAACUCUGUUAUAACAGACUCACGGGUCCAAUUGUGCCAUCUUUAGGAGGUCUUGAGAAUAUAGAACUAAUUGACUUGUCAGAGAACCUCUUCAACGGAAGCAUACCCAUUGAGAUAUGUUCCCUUUCUACGCUCACUCGGUUGGAUCUCAGUUACAACUCAAUUGUUGGACAGAUACCUUUUCAACUUUUCAACCUCACAAACUUGACCAACUUGAACCUUGCCUUUAACAAUCUCAAUGGUAACAUCCCUUCUUCUAUUCUACAACAAUCUAAAAUGAUCAGUUCCAUUUAUCUUGAUGGCAACAAUGAUUUAUCUAUCAUCGAUAAAGUUGGACCCAAUUCCCGCAAAAUCAGAAUAAUUGCUUUUACUGUCUCCAUUAUCCUUGUCUUCUCUAUUCUUGUGCUUAUAAUAGUGACAGUUGUCCGCAAAUGUGGAUGCAAAUAUAAAACGUGCCAAUCUCUUACCCCCAGUAAGAAUGGGGAUAUAUUUUCAAUAUGGAAUUAUGAUGGCAACAUAGCAUACGAAGACAUCAUACAAGCAACGGAGGAUUUUGAUAUUAGAUAUUGCAUUGGCACCGGUGGUUAUGGAAGUGUCUACAGAGCACAGCUGCCUAAUGGUAAAGUAGUUGCUUUGAAAAAACUUCACACUUCAGAGGCUGAAGAGCCUGCUUUAAAAAAGAGUUUCACAAAUGAGGUGAAAACUUUGACAGAAUUAAAACACCGAAACAUUGUGAGACUCUAUGGAUUUUGUUCCCAUAAAAGGUGCAUGUUUUUGAUUUACCAAUAUAUGGAGAGAGGGAGCUUGUUUUGUGUCCUCAACAAUGAUGCGGAGGCUAAGGAAUUAGAUUGGAGGAAACGUGUAAAUAUUGUCAAAGGCAUAGUGAAUGCCUUGUCUUAUAUGCACCAUGAUUGCACUCCACCGAUUGCUCAUCGCGAUGUAACCACCAACAACGUUCUACUCAACUCAGAACUGGAGGCUGUUGUAGCUGAUUUUGGCACAGCAAAAUUCCUUGAUCCUGAUUCCUCCACUCAAAAUACCAUAUUUGCUGGUACUUAUGGUUAUGUUGCUCCAGAGGCUGCCUACGCUAUGGUUGUGACCGAGAAAUGCGAUGUGUAUAGUUUUGGAGUGGUAGCACUUGAAACACUAAUGGGAAAGCAUCCGAAAGAAGUUUUAUCAUCAUUAUCAUCAUCUUCAACACGAAACUUAAUGCUAACUGAAAUAUUAGACAAACGCUUAUCAACCCCAACAAGUCGGUCAGAUGUGCACAAUGUUGUUCUUGUUGCUUCAAUUGUAUUUGCGUGCUUACAUGCUAACCCACAGAAUCGACCAACCAUGGAAACAGUUUCCAAACAAUUUCUUGAUCGCAGGACUCCAUUAACCAAUCUUUGUUUCCAGGAAAUUUCAAUAGGACACCUCAUGAACCCACAAGUACUACUCAGCAUAAAUGGUUAAGUGAGAUGGCUACAAUUAAAUAUUAGUUAGAACAACUCGUCUAAUUUUCUUUACUUGGCGCAUAAGUUCAUAUAUAUAUAUAUAUAUAUAUAUCGGUUCAGUUUAAUUUGUCACUUCUCACUUUGUUCUAUGCCCUCCACUUAUUUCAAUUAUUAAAGAAUAAUUUCGUCAGGUGUUAAAUACAUGAAUUUGAGUUCUUCG